AUGCUGACCCAUCUUACCUGUGCCACACUUUUUGUUUCUUCUGUUGUCGGGAAGAUUCUGUACGCUGGUGUUGCAGAAUCUGGAGGAGAAUUCGGAGUGUUCAGCUCUUCCGCUACGCCUGGGACUGGUUUGCCUGGUCGAUUUGACGUGGAUUACGCGUUCCUAAACGAGGCGAUUAGCCAAUUUGUAGAUGUGGAUAAGAUCAAUCUUUUCCGCAUUGCAUUUCUUAUGGAGCGUAUGGUCCCUGUAGAAAACGGUUUGGGCAGCAACUUCAACGAGACGCACUUCGGUUUCUUCAAAGACGCCGUCGAUUUUGUCACGGUUACGAAGGGUGCUUAUGCCAUUCUUGACCCGCACAACUACAUGCGCUAUAACGACCCAUCCCAGCAGCCCAACACAGGAAGUAUAAUUGGAGACACAACGGAUCCUGCCGCUGCGACCACAGCACAAUUUCAGGAGUUCUGGGCGGAGCUUGCGUCUAGGUUUGCGGACAACGAGAAGGUCAUAUUUGGUAUUAACAACGAGCCUCACGACAUGGACACCAGCCUCAUCCUCGCAAAUGACCAGGCAGCCAUUAAUGGCAUUCGCUCCGCUGGCGCCACACAGUUGAUCAUCGCUCCUGGCAAUGGCUUCACCGGUGGACACUCCUGGAAUCAAUCUGCGGGUGGUCAGCCUUCGUCCGACUUCAUGUUCAUGCUUCAGGAUCCUCUCAAUAAUACCGCUAUCGACAUUCACGAGUAUCUUGACACCGACUUCUCUGGCUCGCAUUCUGCUUGCGUUCAGAGUGGUCCGGCCAACCUCGACUUUCUAACUUCAUGGCUUCAAGAGCACGGGCUAAAGGCAAUGAUCACCGAAUUUGGGGGCUCCUCGAACGAGAUGUGCUCCGAAUUUAUUGAGCAACUCAUUGAUUAUAUGGCCGCGAAUGAUGAGUACAUCGGUUGGAGUGCUUGGGCUGCUGGACCUCUGUGGGGCGUAAAUUCAGCAUGCUGUACCGAUUCGGCACAACUUGGAUCGCUCGAACCAUUUACGUUCGCUGCUGACGGUUCUCCAUCGAUGUACGACACCGUCUGGGUGCCCUCCAUCCGCCCUAGGAUACCAGCGGAUCUUAAAACGAGUGGAGUAUCUUCCUUGAGCUGA